ACCGCACUGCGAAGGCACGUUUUGCGUGCGCUGUUCUGUCCGACACAAACACGCGUCUCGUUUCCAUGGCAACCAAAAAAAACCCCCUACCCUGCUGAAGUGAUAACAGUUACCGAGGUUAUUGAGAAUCCUACAUUAGCCGUUAAUGUGACGCUGAGCCCGUCAAAAAGUGAGUGAAACUAAGCUGCGCUGGUACCUCCGGAAGCUGUGAGUCUCAGAACUACGCAGAGUCACCAAGAAAAGUAUUUUCCCUCGAGAGAAAACAUGCAGUCCACACAAGUGCCGUGGAAACGCUGAAAAAGUCUCACAUACUGCGGUUAGCUUUAUGGUAUAGAGGGACAUGCUGCAGACUGAAAGGUUCAAGGACGACACGCUUUUACAUCAGCCAGUGGCGCCCCUGAGCCAUGCUUCCAUUGCCCCCCCUGGGUUUGCUCCUUCUCUCUGGCCUGCUGGACUUCCAUACGGUCUGUGGGGAUGGUCCACCCGGUAGCGUCGUCCCACGCAAGACCGUGUCCUAUAACGAUGGCAGUAUCACCCUAUUCAGGGUGGACGGGGUCUGGAACUACUCAUCCAUGCUGCUCAGAGAGGACCUGGGGCUCCUGCUGCUGGGAGCCAGAGAGGCUGUUUAUGGCCUGGACCUGAGGAACAUCUCACGCAAGACAGCUGAGGUGCAGUGGGCUGUCACACAGGACAAACAAGCGGAGUGUACCGAUAAAGGAAAAACCCUGAUGGACUGCUGGAACUACAUCCUCAUCCUGCACGUGCUGAAGGAUGGCCGAAUGUACGUGUGUGGGACCAACGCCUUCAGUCCGACCUGCGGCUAUAUGACUUAUGAAGGCGGACAGCUCUUGCUGCUGAACACGACGGAGGACGGCAAAGGAAUAUGUCCCUAUGACCCCUACCAAAGAUACUCUUCUCUCAUAGUUGAUGGAGCUAUCUACUCAGCCACCGCCAUGAACUUCCUGGGCAGUGAGAUGGCAUUGCAGCGCAAGUUCAACAAAAUUCUCAAGACUCACAACAUUCUGUUGUUGUUUUACGAGCCCCAGUUUGUCUCCAUGGUGGAGGUCCCAGAGAGUGUGGGCAGCGUGGAGGGGGACGAUGACAAGGUGUAUCUCUUCUUCAGCGAGAUCGCCGUGGAAUACGACUUCUCCAGCAAGCUGGCAGUGUCACGCGUUGCCCGCGUCUGUAAGGGGGACAUGGGGGGACAGCGGAUCCUACAUAACAAGUGGACUUCGUUCCUGAAGGCCCGCCUUGACUGCCCUGUCCUGGAGCCCAGCCUCCCCUUCCUUGUCCAGGACGUCUUCCUGUGGCGCGACAGCGACUGGAGGAACAGUGUUUUCUACGCAGUGUUCACACCCCAGUCAGCCUCUGUAGACCUCUCAGCAGUGUGCGCCUACAGCGUGACAGCUGUGGGUGACGUUUUCUCCAAGGGGAAGUUCAAGACACCCGUCACCGUGGAGACGUCCCACACCAAGUGGGUCAUGUACAGCGGAGAGCUGCCUGUUCCUCGGCCUGGAGCAUGCAUUGACAACACCGCGAAACAGAUGGGCAUCAUGACCACGCUGGACCUGCCGGACAAAGUGCUGCAGUUUGUUCAGACCCAACCGCUCAUGGAUCCAGCGGUUGAGCCCUUGUCGGGACGCCCCCUGCUUGUGAAACGGGGAGCUGCGUUCACUCGCAUUGUGGUGGACAGAGUGACGGCGCUCGAUGGCCAAAACUACACUGUCAUGUUUGUCGGCACAGAUAAUGGGUUUGUCCAGAAAGCUGUCAACUAUGAUGGAGAAAUGGUCAUCAUCGAGGAGAUGCAGCUGUUCCACCAGCCUGUGCCCAUUGAGAUCCUGCGUCUCUCUGUUGCCACGGGACAGCUGUAUGCAGGUUCAUCGCACGGUGCUGCCCAGGUAUCCCUGAGUGUGUGCGGUCGCUAUCGAUCGUGUCUUGACUGUGUCUUGGCCAGGGACCCCUACUGCGCGUGGAGCCUCGCUGAGGGUCGUUGCACUGCGCUGCCACAUUUGCAGUCACUUCAAACCCGGAACCUGAUUCAGAGUGUUAAGGACGCGGAUGCCUCUACCUGUCCCAUCCCAGAGCCUGUGGAGCCAGAGAACAUGCCAUUCGGUGUGGGGAACAGCGUAAAGCUGCCUUGCCAGAGGCGCUCCAACAAUGCAGUGGUGCACUGGCUGAGGGACAACCAGCCGCUGAAGCUGUCCAGUGGAGACUACAUCUCUGAGAACAGUCUCCUGAUCCUGAGGACAUCAGCGGCCACAGCUGGCCGGUACGAGUGUCGGUCUGUGGAGUCAACAAAGGGGCGGAGGUACACCACCACGCUGGCCAUCUACCAGCUGUCGGUAGUCAAGGAUUUCCUUGCCGUGGCUCUGCAGGUGCUGGUGGUGGCUCUUGCGGCAGCUCUAGCCAUCCUGUUGGGCUGGAACCUGUACCACGGCUACCUCCGUAUGCCUUGUUGCUGAUGUACAUGGAACCCCCUCCUGCAGCCCGUUGUCCGACAAUCAGCCAUCCUGUAAACCUACAAGCUGCUCGAAAAUCACACUGCAGUCAAACGGCAAUACCAAGCACAGCUACUGCACCUGUGGCCUGUCAGUAAUAGUAUUAAGUCUUGAGUCAUAGUGCUUCCUUAUAGGCACUUUCCCAAAGUCCUUUACGGUAAAAGGAGGUACAGUAAACUGAUGAUGAGGUGUGAUGGGUGCCUUGAGUGUCUGUCAGCCCUGGGGGAGUUGCUACCCUCGGACACAGGCACGAUACAGGAACGAUAACCUUUCUUAUGUCCACACCAACCCAACCUUGGAAUUAAAACCACAGUGUAGUGAUGAGAGUCAUAACACAGAUAAUAUAGUGCUAGCAAUAAUUAUGAGAAAGCUGGUAGUGUUAGAAAAUAAAGUGUCUAUGUGUGACGACUGCUCGCAGCAGUCAGAAAAAAAAAAUCACAGCGUUUCACUGCUGACAAAGUUUUAAAUGGAGCCGUUUAAUGGGCCUCAAGCAGUCUCUGAUCACAUACACCAGCUACAUCAAAAGUGUGUACUUGUAAAAAGAAGCGACUAUAUAGCUGACAACGUGCUCUAUUUCAGAUACGUGAAACAAAACAUUAAAAUCCAGUGUACUGUCCAUAUAAAUAAAGCUAGCAGGACUUGGGUAUGAAGGAAUUCCUUUAGAGCAAUACACUCUGCGUUUUUGCAUUGUUUCUCUAGAGCAAUACAUACACAACUGUCGGUGUUGCUGGAAAGAAGACGGCG